AUUUAAACAACAUGGCGGCGUUAUUAAUGAAGUUGUGAAGAAAUUCUUCGAAAUUUUUUUAAAUUAAGUCCUUAAUUACCGUAAUAUCAUUUUGAAAUAGCUGUCUGUAAGCAUGGCGGCCUUUUCAGAAUCAGAACCAAUUGAUAGUGAUACAUUACAAAGACUGACUAAGAUGCUAUGGGGCAACAAUGUAAAAGAAGACGUUUUUGACCGGUGGUCACAAGGUUUUAUAUUUAGUGAAGAUGAACCCACUGCUCUUGCUCAACUUGAAGGUGGACCAUGUGCAAUAAUAGUUCCAGUACAAGCUUAUAUUCUUAAAAACAUAUUUUUCUCAGAUCAUCCUAAAGUAGAACUAUCAAACUUAUCAAAAGAAGAAUGUUGUAACUAUCUAUACAAAGCUUUAGUAGAAAUUUUAUUGUCUGUAAAUAGUUCAACCUACUAUAUAGUAACAUUAUCAGAACCACAUAGUAACCAAGAUGGAGGAAGUAAUACAACUUGUCAGGGAAAUAGUGAAAAUAGGGAAACUGGUGAACGUGAUUUUAAAAGACGAAAAAUAGACAGGGAAACAUUCCACACUAGAUUAAGGUUUUUAAGAUGUGAAUCAGAAAAUGAAAUGAAAAGAGCAGUAACAUCAUUAUUACCUGUAUUUCAACAGAAAUAUGGUUUAUUAUUAUAUAUGUAUUCUAUUUUAUUAUCACGGGGAAUAGACCAGAUCAGAAAUGAAGUAGGAGAUAAUGAUGAACCUUUAAUAGAUGGUGUUCAUGGACAUGGCAGUCAGAGUUUGAUUAAUCUAUUGAUAACAGGAAGAGCUCUUUCUAAUGUUUUUGAUAAUGAAAAAGAUGUCUGUGGUUUGAUAUUACGUGGUAUACAGCAACAAUCAGUAGUGGGUUUUCUAACAUUAUUAGAACAUAUGAGAUAUUGUGAGGUUGGUUGGUAUUUAAAAAAUCCAUGUGUUCCCAUUUGGGUGUUAGGAAGUGAAACACAUUUAACUGUUUUGUUUGCUAAGGACAGAGGUUUAGUAGAAAAUAAUAGUCCUAUUAAAAAUGCUCAACAAAUAUUUGCUACUUUUGAUCCAGAAGGUAAUGGUUUUAUACAGACAAGUCAAUUAGGAGAUGUUAUGGAAGCGUUAAAUUUAUUCUGUGAUAAAGAAUAUGUUGAUAUAAUGAAAGGUAAAUUAGAUGGUGAAUCAUUAGGUAUAAUAACCUCUAGUAGUUUUCUUGGUGAAUUCUAUGCCGAGGAAUUAAACAAUGCCUCUACACCACAGAAGUUUGAAAUUCAGCAUUAUAAUGGUCUAGCUAGGUCUUGUCACAAUAAGAAGAUAAAAUAUGUGAAAGGUACAGCAGAAUUACCCAAUGAAAUAGAACUACAAAUAGUAACUGACACGUCACCUAUUAAACUUUGUUUACAAACAAAAUGGCCAUCAAUAGAACUACGGUGGCAAGGAGAUUUUAUACCUUCGUUAAAUUAACAAAGUAUUAUGGGAUGUAGAUAUAAAAGAUUUUUAUUUAUGAUGCUCUUAAAGAGAUUUUAAUUUAUAAAACAUUGAAAGGAAGUUCUCAUAAAUCAAAAGGCUAUGUGUAGCUAUGCUUCAAGGAUAAGUAUUUCAGUUGUUUUUAAUGAAUCUCUCUCUGUAACAGUGUGCGAAUCUUGUUAUCCUGCUGGAUCUUUAAAAAACUAUUUGACACAAUUUGAUGAACAGGUGUGUGGAAAUAUUCUCAUUCUAGUGCUUAUUCGUUCAAAAUGUGGUCUGGUGGACUUAAUAGCUUCCAGAUGUUUUACCAUGUUGAACUGAGGUGUAAAUUGUCUUAAUGGAGGUUAAAAGAAGAACAUAGUGAUGUACUGUCUAUAUCAAUUCUGGUAUAAUAUACAUAGUCUUAGACUCUAGAACAGUGAAAAACAGAAGAUUCAUUUUAUUUUGUGUGUAAAAAUCAACUCUUAGUAACAGUUAUUGUUUUCAGACCACAUUAUAAUGGACCAAUGAGAUAUGAAUACAAAAACUCUUGUGUUGACUAUGGACUCAAUUUGAGCAGUCAUGUUGAGGGUAGAUUUAUAUCAAAUGCACUGUUCUCAUAAUAGACUUGUGUAAUGAAUGAUAUGUUCUUGCUUAAACACCAAGCUUCCUGUGUGUUCAGGCUAUAUUUGUGAUUAAUACUCAUUUUGUACAUAGCUAUUGGUUUAUAGUUGAUAUUAUUUUAACCUUGAUGUAAUCAUAAUGAUUUUAAGAAUUAAGCUCAUCAAUAAGAAUUGUCGAACUGUAUUUUUUAGAAUGAUAAUCCCUUGAGUUUGUAUAUGUCUCUAUUACCGAGGUUCCUAACCUUCCAAGUAACAACCCCAUUCAAGAAACUGACAUCAGAUCGCAACCCUUCAAAGUAAAAGCUUCCAAUGCACAUGAUCAUAAUGUAAUUUGGCUAACACAUGAGCAUCAACAUCCUAUUCUCUUCAAAAAUAUCGAAAAAAUUCAAAAAACCUGAUAGGUACAAAAAAAGUAAAACAUUUUAGGACUUUUGAUUAUAUAUUUGAUUCAUAUUAUGGUAUUCAAUUUAUUUCUUACUCCAAUAAUUUCAAAUAUUAUAAUGUAAAAAUAAAAAUCUGUUUCUUUCUUUU